GAAAAAGAAAAGAGCAAGAUUUUGGCAGCUCCUGUGCGUUAAUAUUGGAUUGCGUUAAAGACGCUAGUCCUAGAUGGGCGAUGAGUAAGCGUCUAUUGAGGCCCGUGCACGGCCUCCACCUGGCAGUCCCGUCGUCGGCUUCAUCGGUCCAUCAACUAAAGUAUACUUCCAAUAGUCUCAGAGGGAAUGCAGUUCAGCAAAUAAUAAAGCAUGUUUGCGACUGCACAGUCGACUUCAUUGGAAUCCACGAUGAUACUAUGUAUUUGGUAGCACGCGGGAGGAUCCGUAGUGACUGACUAUCGAAACUUCGAAAGCCUGCUCCCCUAUUCUGGUUGCAGACCUGUAGAGCGUGAUUGGUCAGUUCUACUACCUUCGACCCUGGGCGCGGUAUCCCCUAUCCCAACCUGCACU